GGAGGCUAAGCCUGAGGAAAAACGGGUGAUUUCUUUCGGACAGUUUUUCCGGAUAAAAGCAGCUGUGCAUGUAAUCCGUUUGGGGCAGACGAUCAUUUUGGCACUGCACCGGAAUUGUGGAGUGUCCUUGGUGUGGAGCUUGACAGGAGGAGCUGCGUCUCAGCCCGUGGAGCAGCGCAGUGCCUCUAAUGGAGUCUGGAUUCAGGCUGGUGUGUGUCGGAGUGAGAGAAGCUUAGACGAGACUCGGUGAGAGACUCGAGUGGAAACCGGAGAAGAAGGCCGCGAUUUGUGUCAAAACACAACUGCACUAAGUUGAGCACCAUGCGACUGAAUCCCCAGCAUGCUCCACUGUAUGGAGAAUGUGUGUUGACUGUUCAGCUUGAUCACGAAGACAUGAACAAUGCUGAGGAAGAGGAAGAGGUGGAGUUUUAUCUUAUAUUCUCAGGAUCCACCCAAAGGCAUGUGAGCAGCACACUGCCUGUCAACCACUUCACACUGCAGGCUGUGUGUCCAGCCCAUAAUAUGUGCGAGCAGGUCUUGGUGACGUUAUGUUUGGCUCGGCCUGAUGGACCGGUGGACACCCAAUCACAAGAGACUUUCAACUUCGUUCAGGACUUGGCACUUGACAUGGCCCACUUCUUGAUUGGUAGCACAGCUCCACAGGAAGCAUCACUAUUGGAUGAUGAGCAGAUUCCUUUAAAAGAAUGUGAGAGGUUGGAUGAGAGCCUGGCCCUGGCCCUCAAACACAUCAGCCUGCCCCACCACCGGAGUGCACCAGGCGCCCUGUCACAGACAGAUAUAGACAGACAGAUGGAUAACCAAACACAGACUGUCACAGUGAUGGACACGUGUACACAAGUGAACUCUCACAGAAAUGAUGCAGAGAUUCACCAGGAAACGUGGAUGGACAUCUCGCCAUUGCAGGACAGCUGCCCUGUUGUGUCUCAGUGCCAGCAGCUCUCUAGCCUGAUGCACUUGGCAGCCAGCCAUGGUCUGAAGACAGUGGCGUUGUUCCUCCUGCAGCAGCCAGGAGGGAAGGAGGCACUGAAGAGAACUAACACUCAGGGUCAAACUCCAGCAUGUCUAGCAAAGACCAGAGGACACCAGUUGCUGGUGGAGCUAUUCACACAGUAUGAGACAUUCUCAGAUGUCCAAGUAGAAGCAGAAGAAAAGCUACACUUUUAUCCAGGAGGUCGAGUGUUUCAGCACCAUGAAAAUCUCGGUACCUACACCUUAACAUUCUCCAGCCUCCUUCAGAGGGAGAGGACGGCAGAGGAAGACAGCAGUGGCGGCUGCGUUUUACAGAAGAUGGUGAAGGAGCUGAGGAGACUUAUUCGUCUUCACAGAGUCCCAAAGGAUAAGUCAGAUUUUGCACCAACUCAUGUCCCCAUCAAUAAAGAAGUAAUCUGCUCUGCCUGUGGGCUGCAGUCUUGCUGUAAUGGUCAACAAGACAUAGGCAACACAGACAACUGUAGUGCAAAACCACAGGAACAGGGAAGUGCCCCCUCAUUGGAGGAGAGAACACAAGGGGAGGACUCAACUGUUGUCACUCACACUAGUGGAUGUCUUUGUCAGAGCCAGGAAGCUGCGAGAGAACAGAAAGGUACGCCAGCUGCCAAUUCCCAUCCUGGCCAGAAGAAGAAAAACAAAAAGAAAACUACCAAAGCCACAAGAAGUGCAACAGAACCUCAAGGAAAUAACACACGCGCCCCAGAGGCGAGUAGAAGAACUGCACAGAAGUCUACCAAGACAACCAGAAGUGCAACUGUUUCACCGAGGGAACAAGCGGUGGCAUUUCUGAUUGGUGACAGUGGAGCAACAAAAAAUCAGUGUAGCCCCGGAACACAAGAGACUCUUUUAGCUGUAAAGCCAGUGUUGGUGCCAAGUGGUGAUGGAAAGUGUGCUGGCAGGAAGGCCGUUGCCUUGCCUACAACCACCGUCACAGAAAAACAGGAAGGAGAGAAGUGGGAAGUUGAGCUGCUGAUGUGUGAGCGAAUGAUAGAGACAGGAACAGAGAUACAGACAGAGCAGAGAGGCACACAGAGCCUCAAAGCAGAAGAAGCUCUGGAAUCAGCUGCAGAGAGGACAGUAUUCAUGGGUCAGGAACAAUCCCAUGAUCCCCAACAAGACCAGUCAGACACAGACAAACCAAGCCAACCUCACCCCAUCAACAAAGGUCCUCAGUCUGGCACAAGGACUAGCCCCAGAUCCCCAGAUGUAGAAGGGACACACAGAAGAGUGCUAUGGCGCGAUGGAGGCUGGAUUGGAAGCAGAAUGGGAUCAUUUCCAGAACCAGUAGGAAAAACUGUUUGGUAUCAGGGUGAAAACUUAGAUCAGGGUGCCAAUGAAGACUCCAUCAGAAAAGAAGCGAACUCCCAGUCAGUUUGGUAUGACACUGACAUAGUGGAUGAGCAAAAACAUGGACAGCUGGAGGGGAUGAGAGAGCAGAGAGAAUGUGAUUUGAGCUCACCCCAAGCUUCAGGUGUUACUUCUCACCAGCAAUUAGAACAGGGUCUAAAUUUUCAUCAGCUGUCUGCAGCUCUUAGCCACCAACAUGCUGCUGGAACACAGCCAGCACUGUCACAUGGGCUAGACGGACAAAGACAGGAAGCUCACAGAUCACAGCGAGAGGAGGAAGUUAGGUCAGAUUGGAAGGAGGAACGAGUGGAGGGAUGCAGAGAAGACGUCUGUAACCGAGAGACUACUAACAGCAGAAAGAGUUCUGAAACGGCACACAUUACAGAGGGAGGAGAUGAAAAACCAGAGCGUGAAGAGGGAGGAGCAAAGGGCAAAAAAAAGAGGAGAAAGAAGAGGGGGAAGAAAGGAAAUGCAGAAGCCAAACUUACUUCAAGUUCCAGUGUAGAAUCUCAGAGUCAGAUAGAGAUACAGACACACAGAGAACAAGUGACAAACCUCAACGCUCAGGUUGGGACAGAGUCAGUUUUCAAGGCAGACAUCCAGCCUGUCAUUGCUUCUGGGCCAACCCAACGGGAAGAAGCUGAAAAGGAUGCCAUGCACCUUCCCAGGCGGACGGAGGUGCAGACCAGACCGGACAGUGACAUUACAAACUCUGUUUGUAGCUUUACUACUAAACUGCUCAGUCAUACAGAUGACAUGGAAACUGAUUUGACUGAAACUCCAGCUUCACAGACAGUUGAAACAAAGGAAUUAUCAGAAGAUAAGAACGUGAACUUUCAUGGACCUGAUUACUAUAACCCAGAUUCCACCACUAUUGUGUCAGAAGUCAUUGAAACAGACAUCAGAAAGGUAGACACAGAAAAGGUGUCAACUGUGCCACCAAUGGCAAUGGAAUUACUUGACCCUACAGAGCAGGAAUCAAAGGGGCCUGCUAGUGUGGUCCAACAAACCGUGGAUAAUGCGGAGUCCAAAGCAUUGUCAGAAAACGAGGAUCUGGCAGUUGCUGGUAAAGCUACAGCGUCAGUGAACCAAAGAGGUCUGGUACAAUCUUACUGUCCAAAGGAACUACCUGUCAUGCAUCCAGACCCAACAGAGCUCACAGUGGACUUGUUUCUUCUGGAAUUUCCUGAACAGAAAACUCUACAGUCUGUAGAUCUCAGGGGAAGACCAGUAGGAUUUCUUGAAUCUGUGCAUCUGCCAUUUGAAUACAGAGCGGAUGCUUCACCUCUUCAAAUACGGGAAGGAAAUGCUGACACAACUGCAAGGAAAUAUUUAGAGCAUUGUUUGGCCUCUGAGAUGCUGAGAGAUCAGCCACACAAUGAGGAAAAGAGAAAUGAGCUGUGGGUGGGUGAAGAGGAAGCGGGUAAGGCAAGAAGUGGGGAGAGGAAGAGUGAAGAAAAUGACAGUAGGAUGGUGCAUGACAAAGAAUUAUGUUAUACAGAGAGGAGAAAACAAGUGAAGCAUAAGGAAUUUCUUUCCUUAGACAGCGAAAAAGAACAGAAAUGUGAAGAAGACCUGGUUGCCACAGCAGUAGCAGUUGUAACAGUAGCUAUAGCAUCAGCUGUGACUAAGAUAGAACUGAGCCAAAAUCUAGUCAACAGUCAGUCAGAGAGUCAAGAGGCAGCGAAUGGCUCGCCAUUAGAGAAGGACAGAAACAUAGCAAGCAGUGCAAUAAAGCAGAUGGCAAGUGAUGUACUCAACACUGUUGAUACCACACAGAUGACUGCAAAGUUUCUAAACAAAGACAGUUGCCCACUGAUAGCAGUGUCUCCAGCUGAGACAGAACAUUCACAUGUGGAACUUCUUAAUCAAAGCAGCUCCAAAGAAGAAGCUAACAUUCAAAUAUCAGAGAAGUCUGAUUUUGUAGAGUUACUGUGUACAACAGAGACAGAAAAGUUACCAGCAGCACUGCUGAAUAGCAAAGAUCAGCCUAAGCUUGACCUGUCACCACUCGGAGAUGCUCCUAGUUUACCGCAAUGGGAUGAAGAGACAAUUCGAACAGAAACUACACUAAACAACCUUUUUGCAUGUUCACUGCCCAAAGAAGGUAGCCUUUUACAUGUCUGUACAGAACCAUUGACAGAGGAAACCAAAAUGACUGCAGCUGAGGUAGACAGCAAUGCUUACACACAGACAGACAUAUUGCUGCAUAAAGAAAGUCAACACCACUGUCCUGUGAUCGAUACAGGACAGGAUCCAGUUAAUGCUGUUUGUGAGGAGAGCCUCACACUAAUGGAGCUUAGAGAUUCCAAAGAUCAAACUGUCUGUCCAAAAGAGGGAGAUGGACAGCAGUUGGAUUCACAUGAUACAUAUGGUGGUUGCCUUGUAGAAUGGUGUGAGACAGAAGGGCAGACAAACUCAGCAUGUAUAGCAGAGGAAAGUGGCACGUCAGACACACACUGUCACGCCAAAGAGCAUGAAAGCCAUCUACAGCUGAUGAGAACACCAUGUGAAGGAGACAUUACCCCUUUGCCUUUUUGCAGUUCAAUACUUUCUGUUACCUCUAGUGACUUAGCAUACAUGGUUAAUCCCAUUCCAGAGGAACCAAGCACCCUUGUGAAUGUGGAAACAGGUCAAAUCAUGUCAUCUGCAAACACAAAACUUGUCAAUGUUAAAACUUGCAGUGCUUCAAAUCAAGGAAAAGAUCCCGAGUGUGUUGCUGUGGAUGAUAAAGAUAAUGUGUUUAAGGGGGUGGAUAAAGACUCUGACACACAAGAUACUGUGGAUGGAUGGAAGGAGAGAAAAAGGAAUAGGAUGAAAAGAGAAAUGGAAUCAAAGCAAUCAAAGAUGGUCACAGCGGAGGACACAUUCCAGACUGAAGCAGAACCAUUUCCAGCAGCAGAAGUAGCAGAGAGAGACUUGGAAAGCACACACACACUGCAGAUCAAAAGAGAGAAUGAUGUUCUGUACCCUGUCCAGUCCAGCCUUGAAUGCAGCUCGGUAACACCAUGUACAGACAUCCAUCCAGACAGGGGGGAGUGUGUGUCGGUGUGUUUGUUGCACAGAGAAACAGUGGUCAAAGACAGUCUGGAAGUCAAUGCUGACCUGGAUGACAGUGUAUUUAAAAAGCCCAAAGAACCUCUCUCCUUUGUUAGACACAUGGACAAACAGGUCCAUAUACCCUGGUCCUCAACUGAUGAUGCAUUAAUGCAGGAAGCCUUCAGUCCCAGCAAAGGGGUCUCAUCAAGCAUAUCUGAGACUGCAGCGUCUCAGAACUCCAGACUGUCCUGGAAAUCAGAAACAGAGGACAGAGGAGGAGGGGAGGCAGAAGAAAUGGGACACGUAGAGGAGAAUAAAGACCAACUUUCAGGAAAUCCUGUGUCUUCAGCAAUCUUGCGGGCCUCCAUCCGUUCCUUGUCUCCGCUUCGUCGUCACAGCUGGGAGCCGGCCAACAUCAACACUGCUACACAUAUUGACAUUGUACAGCACAGCCCUUUGAAGAGCCUUUCAGAAGAGAUGAAGAGAGCCAAGCCCCUCCUCCACAGGAGAAGUAUGAGCUGGUGUCCAUCAAACCUGCAUUGUCCUAAUCAGGAGCAAAUAGACAACAGAAGCUGCAGUCUGGAGGGUCUGGAGGUGGGAAGGAGAGCAGUUCAGGCUCAGUGUCCCAGCUUCAGUGAUGAAGAGGAAAGGGCUGCAGGCACAAGUUUAUACCACGAUAGCCAGGACAAAGGCUCUCUGGUCUCUCUCACUGAGGAAGAGCUGGAAGGAGACGACAGCAGCAUCGAUAGCCAGCCAUUGCAUCAGGUACUGUCAGUGACAACCAGCUGUCCUGCCAUGAUUCAUCAUCAAACUCUCACCAAAUCCAUCUCCAUCAGUCACCGUGAUAUAGAUGUGGGUGGAUUUCCUCGAUCAAAGCGACAAAUCAGCUUCUCUGUCAGUAUCUCUUCGCUCCUCCCCAAAAGUAGACACCACUUUUCUAUUGGCUCAUCCUCCAGUGAUGAUGAUGAUGAGGAGGGAGGGAGGGUGAGCUCACUCUCUGUUAACUCUGGGUCCCUGGGAUACAGUAUUUCAGAAGAGCCAGGCCCCCUUCGUAAUGACACUGAGGGAAAAGGAGGACCUAAAAUCAGUCGGACAUUCAGCUACCUCCGCAGCAAGAUGAGCAAGAAAGGCAAGGAGAAGGAGAAGGAGAGGAGAGGAGAAAGUAAACGAGAGUGCAAAGAGAGAGAAAAGAAGAGUGCAAGUGGUCAUCUCUUCAUUCCCAUUAAUCCUCCUGCUGCCACAGUCUGUCAGCACUGCACCAAACGUCUGCACAAUAAGGAAACCUCCUUCUGCAACAACUGUGGGGUCCAUGUCCACAAAAGCUGCACAGAGAGCCUGUCAGUCUGUGCAAAGAGCAAAACAAAGCAGCAAUUGCUGGUACCAGCAUCGGUUCCUGGGUCAGCUGUUAACAUGAGGAGUAAAUCUACAUCUUCAGCAUCAUCGCUGUCAUCAACAUCUUCUUCAUCAUCACGGGAGCGCUGGUCUUCUGCAACCACCCCUGAUGACCAGCUUCCUGUGAUGUUUCCACGGAGACACCCCAGCAUCUUUAACCCACACAGCAACUUGGCCAAGAGCAUCUCCACCAGCAACAUAGCAGGGUUCGAUGAAGUUCCACUGAAAGGCCUUAAGUUUCUGUCCCAAUCUACUGACUCCCUCCAUCAGGGAAGCAAAGUCAACGACUCAACUGAGUCACUAAUGGAUGAAGGUACAGAGAUGAUUGACAGUCAGUUGAUGGGAGAGUUUGAGUGUGACAUUAAAGAUCUGGAGGCGGAUUCUUGGAGCGGAACGGUGGAUAAGAAGUUCUUGAAAACACUGAAGAAAGACGAAAUCAAGAGACAAGAUAUAAUUUAUGAGUUGUACCAGACAGAAGUUCACCAUGUGAGGACACUGAAGAUCAUGUCAGAAGUGUAUUAUAAAGGCCUUCAGAAGGAGCUGCAGCUUGAUACUCAAACUGUGGACAAGAUUUUCCCUGUUUUGGAUGAGCUGGUGGAAAUACAUACACAUUUCCUCACACUGCUCCUGGAGAGAAAAAGAGCUUCAUCAACUGAAGCACAAAACGGCAAUCGCUUCCUCAUCUACGACAUUGGGGACAUCCUGCUCAACCAGUUUUCAGGCUGCAAGUCUGAUCGUAUGAAGAAAGUUUAUGGAAAGUUUUGCAGUCGCCACAAUGAGGCUGUCAAUCUCUAUAAAGACCUGCAUGCCAAAGAUAAACGCUUCCAGGCUUUCAUCAAGAGGAUAAUGAGUAGCAGCAUUGUGCGGAGACUCAGUAUUCCAGAGUGUAUUUUAUUGGUUACACAAAGGAUCACCAAAUAUCCUGUUCUGAUCCAGAGGAUACUUCAGCACACUAAAGACUCAGAUGAAGACCACAGCUGUGUUUCUGAAGCACUGUGUUGUGUAAAGGAGCUCAUCAUGACUGUGGACAAUAAAGUCAACGAGCAUGAGAAGAAACGGAGACUGAGGGAGGUCUACAGCCGCACUGAUAGUAAGUCCAUCAUGAGGAUGAAGAGCGGUCAGAUGUUUGCUAAAGAGGACCUGAUCAGAGGGAGGAAGCUGUUGCAUGAUGGAGUACUGCAGCUGAAAAACUCAGCUGGACGACUCAAAGAAGUCAAUGCCCUUCUCCUGUCUGAUGUGUUGGUAUUUCUUCAGGAAAAAGACCAGAAAUAUGCCUUUGCUUCAUUGGACCAGAGGUCCACGGUCAUCUCUUUACAGAAUCUGAUUGUCAGAGAAGUGGCAAAUGAGGAAAGAGGUCUGUUUCUGAUCACGGCUGGCACAGAGAGACCAGAAAUGGUGGAGGUAUUAGCCAGCAGCAAGGAGGAGCGCAACACAUGGAAGGCUAUUAUACAGGAAGCAAUGCACAGCAUGGAGAAAAACGAGGACGAGGGACUUCCCAGUGAGACAGAAGAAGACAGAAGGCAGCAGGAGAACAGAGCAAAGGAGAUUCGAGAACUUCUACGAAGAAAAGAUGAGCAGAUCAUCUCUUUAUUGGAGGAGAAAGUCCACAUCUUCAGAGAGUUGGGUGACUGCAAUCCUGCCCCUGAGGAUACAAACUCAACAGUCAGAGAGCGGAUGUUAUUCAUGGUCACACCUGAUGUUGUCACAAAGGGAGAGCCAAUCAUAAAUAAUGCACUAAGAGAAGUGGAGACCCUGCAUGCUUUAGUCAGCUGUGGUGUUGGUGGAGCAGAUUGCAGCUUUCCAGUUGGUGUGACAGGGGGCAGUGUGGGACCAGUGUGCCUGCCUAGGCGAGCAGAAACAUUUGGAGGCUUUGAUAGUCAUCAGAUGAACAGCAGCAAAAAUGGAGAGAAGGAAGAGGGAGAUGAGUCAGCGGACCUCCGCAGGACUGAGUCAGACAGCUUGUUGAAAAAGGGUACCACCGCCAGUCUGCAGAUGCUGCUAAAGAGAAGCAAUGCACAGGUCCUGCACAGUGUGACACAUCUUCAUGACCUGCUGAUUUCACUGCAGGCAGUGGUGGUCAAGCAGGACUCAUUCAUUGAGGACCAGCGGCAGGCUCUGAAUGACCGGUUCGCCACCAACUCCUCCAGACACUCGUCGUCCUCCUCACUCUCAUCCUCAUCUUCCUCCCGCCCUUCCUCCCUCAUUGAGCAGGAGAAGCACAGGAGUCUAGAGAGACAAAGACAGGAGGUGGCCAGCCUGCAGAAACAGCAGGUUGCACACCAGGAAGAGAAGAGAAAGAGAGAGAAGACGUGGGAGUUAAAGGAGAAAGGUCUGGCAGAACGGGAGGAGAGGCUGAGGGUGGAGGAGGACGAGACCAGGAGAAGGCAUAAGGAGCUGAUGGUGGAAACCGAGACAUUACAAAGAAAGAAAGAAGAUUACCAGAGGGAACUGGAGAGACUGAGAGAGGCACAGAGGAAGCUGGAGAGAGAACAGGAGGCGCUAAGGAGAGACACAGAGAGGCUCUAUGCAAGAGACCAGUCAGAGCAGCUUCAAAGGUACCAACCAACUUCCUCCACCACUUUAGAAGACUCCCUAAGGUUCCACAGCUCUGGGUCUCUGGAUCUGGAUUCAAGAGAAGUAGCAGAACCACCAAAAGAGGUGGAGCUUUCAUCUUCUGCCCCGACUAAAGAACACUUCCUCCGCAUUGGAUCCAAGAGGAUGGGCAAAAACUUCAACCCAUUCUCCUCUGCCCCCACCUGUAAGCCUCAAGGAGCAGAGAAAGAGUCCCAGCUCCCUACCAAACUGCUCCAACUGGCUAAACCUAAAGAGAAGAAAGACAAGAAGAAGAAGAAAGGAAAAGGAGGAGAUCAGGCCGAAAUAGAGACCAAAGUCGCUGUGAUGCUGGACCCUCAGAAUGAGGGAGACAUCUUCUACUGCUGAGAAUCUGAAUAACGCACAAGUGGACUUCAAAACUUCCUGAGGAACCAGACAAAUGGCCAGUGCAGCAAAAACUACUCAGAUUGUUUGUUAAGUCUCUGUUUGGAUAGAAAAUACUCAUAUAAGCCACUGCUGACAGUCGUGGCCCUGGACACUGUCCCACCCUACCUACCAGACAGAGUGCAUUCACAUGGAUGGGAAACCAGCUCAGGGUCGCAGACUGCUCUUUGAAACAACAGAUGGAUUCAUCUGAAGCUGUUCCAAGUUAAUAAUUGGCAACAACCUCCUCCAGAGACAUUGGUUAAGCAUCAUGUUUAGCUGACAUAUUCAGUCAUAAGAAUUUUAAUCAAGAAGUGUGCCAAGAAUACCCUCCAUCACUUAAGGAUGUGUUGUAAAGCCAAAGAGGAUCAAACAAGAACUGAAUACUUUCUUCCAGCUGUAAAUCAGAGACGUGCUAGAUCAUGUCAUGUGGUGCUUCAAGUCAGAUAUGUUCAAGACUUUAAGCUGUUCCAAAACUUCGCUUUAGCAUGAACCAAUGACAUUUUUUUCAAAAAUUGCUGAUGCUAACUUUAGAUGCUUGGUUUGCUGGUGACUCCUGAGUUUCAGCGAACAGCUCCACAGUCUGAGUCGCAGGUUGAAUAACUCAAGGAACCUUUAAUCUAAUGUGUGACUCGUGUCCCUACAUUUGCUUUAGCUCAAGACGUAUCAGUCAAGAUGACAAAAAAGUCAAACAAGGGAUCACCGGACGCCAUGCAACAUGGUGUUUCCAGCAAUCAAUAUCCCCUGAUUGAAUCCACUAUUUCUCACUGUCCACACUGUGCACUGAGAUCGAUGUACAAUCACGGCCACAGACAAUCAGGCACAGUCUGUCAAUUUAAUGUCGUCCACCAGAGAGACAAUGAAUCUGUUUAAAUAGGCUUGUCUCAAGGCCUCGAACAUCACUCCCACUGUGUUUGUAUGGACAGCAAUUUUGAACAGCUCAGGAUGAGCUCUGUAGAAUAACCAGUGAUCCUCUGUAACUAUAGUUCAGUUUGACAAUCAUGACAUAGCAACUGUUAUUGCAUCACAAUAGAAUCAGGGAUCCAAAGUUGUUUUGUUAACAUGCACUUUACACACACACACACACACACACACACACACACACACACACACACACACACACACACACACACACACACACACACACACACACACACAAACACACACACACACUCAUGCACACAUAUUUAUAAACAAGUGUUUUAAUGGUCUCUUUUUCCCCAAUAAUUUAAUCAUAAUGUCUUUUCAAUAAUUUGAUACUGAUUAAAGGGAAAAUAAUGAUGUUAAAAAAUAAGCUUCAUUUACACCCAAAAUGAAUAAACAUUUAUUGUUGCAAAUUUAAUUUGUAAUAUAUGUUGAAUUGUUUUUAUGUACAGAUUCCCAAAGUCCUAAAUGGAUGAUAUUUCAUAUUCGUGCUUGCUUGGUAGUAAAUUUUCAUAUUUAACUGAAAUGAAAUAGACGUGUACCAACA